UGCACUCUCCUUUUAUUACGGAUGCAGAUUUUUGAUACUGGAUCACUUGAGGGUACAAUUGGUUCAUUUGAAGUACAUAAUACUCAAGUUUACGGAGGUUUUAUUCUUCACAUUGGUAAUGGGACCGGUGUCUCUGUUGGUGACAGAGUAGUAUGCAAGGUUGACUAUGGAAGACGUGCCCUCGUAGCCCCUAACCAUACCUGCACGCACAUGUUAAACUUUGCUCUUAGGGAAGUACUUGGCAAUCAUGUUGACCAGAAAGGAUCCAUUGUUCUACCUGAAAAAUUGAGAUUCGACUUUUCUCAUGGCAAGCCUGUUGACGCCGACAAUUUAAGGAGAAUUGAGGCAAUUGUUAAUGAGCAAAUUAAAGCUGAAUUGGAUGUAAGUGCAAAGGAAGCAACUCUUGCAGAUGCCAAGCGUAUCAAUGGUUUACGAGCUGUAUUUGGUAAAGUCUAUCCCGAUCCUGUUAGAGUUGUGUCAAUUGGACAAAAAGUUGAGGAUCUUCUUGCUGACCCUGACAAUGAAAAAUGGUUAUCUAUUUCAUCAGAAUUAUGUGGAGGCACCCAUAUUUCAAACACACGAGAGGCAAAAGCUUUUGCACUUUUAUCUGAGGAGGGCAUUGCAAAAGGCAUACGCAGAAUAACAGCUGUCACAACUGAUCGUGCUUAUGAUGCAAUGAAAGUGGCAGAUGAAUUGGAGCAGCAAGUAGAUGAAGCAGCUAAGUUAGAUGGAAGUUUGUUGGAAGAGAAAGUUUCAUCAUUGAAAAACAAUGUUGAAACUUUAUCAAUUCCUGCUGCCAAGAAAGCUGACAUCAAGACAAAGAUAGCCCGACUUCAGGACCAAGUGAGAAAAGCACAGAAGCAGAUUGCUGAGGAAAACAAGCGUAAAGCUGUAAAUAUUACAGCUGAGAAAGCUGAGCUUGCUGCUUCUAACGGGAAAACUUUUUGCAUAUCUCGUGUUAAUGUUGGUCUGGAUGUGGCUGCAGUUCGUGAGGCUGUUACAAAAGUGAUGGACCAAAAGGGCUUAUCUGUGAUGGUUUUUAGCACGGAUGAAUCUACAAACAAGGCUGUAAUUUGUGCUGGGGUGCCAGAGAAAGGAGAUAAAGGUAAGCUGGAUGUGGCAGAGUGGCUGAGUAAUGCGUUGGGGCCUCUAAAAGGGAGAUGUGGUAAAGGAAAAGGUGGUCUUGCAACGGGUCAGGGUACAGAUGCAGCACACGUUAACGAGGCAAUGGAUCUUGCAGAAAAAUUUGCAUCAAUGAAGUUGAGUUAAUGUUGUACUGCAGUUUAUCUGUCGUGUGGUGUUUUUAGUUUGAUAUAAUUAUAUAGAAGGGAAGGGCACUUGCAGUAAUUAUUAGAUCCACAUGAGUUGAACAAAUUUCUAGUUGAGUGCCUGAAUAUUCUUUUUAUACAGACAUUAGUUUUGGUUUUUAUAGACCACUUGUUGUUCCACAAUUACAGUAGCAAUUGCUCUGAUAGAUUAUCAAGAUGUUAUGAAGUUCUAAAAUGUGAUAAUUUUCUUAGCAUU